AUGGAACAUGUCGACAACAAUAAACAAUUACAGCAAGAUGACGAUAUUGAAUAUGAAUUUAAAUACAAUUUCAUCACAGUGCCUUGGGACGAUCGAUCAAAUAAGAGUAAAAUUAGCCUCAUUAUUCUAUUACUUGCUAUAUUUUGUGGUACUAUGGGUUUAGUCAUCAACAACUUUGUCAUGCAUUAUAAAGGAUUUACCCAUCUUAAAUCUCAAUUAAAAUAUGCAUUAUAUAAUAUGCGAUCUACCGCUGACGUCGAAUAUAAUUGUCAAUUUGUGAAAGUAGAAGACUACAAUUUCGUAGCCAGGAUUCAUUCGCGAAUAAAUAACGAUCUUUUGUGUGUGGGCGCGGUGGUUGGUGCAAAUUCAGUUCUAGUUAAUGAAGCUUGUGUCCGAAACGGCAAGUUUCGCAUCUUUGUUGGAAGCCCAAACGACCAUCGUUGCAGAAAAGGAUUUCUUGUCAGCGCCUUGGAACCAGUACUUUAUGAUUCAGCUAUAGCUAAGAAACUGGUGGUUUUAGUCACUCAAGAAAGUAUGUUACGGUGCGCGAAGGUAAUUGAAAUUGGCUCCGUUAUAGAUAGGACGAAGCGAGCCAAUGUGCUUGGAAGGUCUUUGCAUGAGGAGAGAAAAUUAUCUCGGCAACCAGUAACAAUGUCCGAGAAAUGCGUCUGCCCAGGAUAUCGAGCACGACAGGAGAGCAAUGAGCAAGGAAACAUGAUAUGCGUGGAGAGCUUGGUGCGAUGUCCAAUGUUCGCAGGAGAUCUGCUGGUGCAGGAUUACAAGCUGUUUGGUUUGGCAUCUUCCAGUGCCUAUCGUAUGCGGACGCUUAAUCAGGCGUGCUUUAUUAGUUUGAAAUCUAGUGACGUAGAUUUUGUAUCCUAA